AUGUCUAUUGAAGCCAUAAAGUCUAUCGAUAGAGCAAUCAAUCCUGAUGUAGAAUUUGAAACUUACAAUAUGAAUAUCACCACUGUGGACAACUAUCCGGUCUUCGUCGAUCGUAUAAGCUGUGUGGAUAAUUUCGAAGCGAGAAUGACGAUUAACACGGCUUGUAAUGAGGAAAAUCAGAUAUGGAUGGAAUCGGGUGUUAGUGAGAAUGCCGUAUCCGGCCAUGUACAAUUUAUCCAUCCCGGACGCACCGCUUGCUUUGCAUGUGUACCUCCGUUGGUUGUUGCCUCAAAUAUCAGCGAACGAACUCUGAAACGCGAGGGAGUGUGCGCUGCAUCGCUGCCAACAACAAUGGCCGUUAUUGCGGGCUUCUUAGUACAGAAUGCUUUAAAGUUUCUGCUGAAUUUUGGUGAAGUCUCUUACUGCCUCGGCUACAAUGCUUUGGAUGAUUUCUUCCCUCGGCAUCAGUUGCUGCCGAAUCCCAGCUGUGAAGAUCGUUUCUGUCAGCAAAGGCAACAAGAAUAUAAGGUUCGACUAAAUUUUCGAUGA